UCCCGCCCGCCCCGCGCGCGGAGCUGCGCGCACCGGGUCCCGAGGCGCCCGCGGGCGCCCGGCUGCUGAGCGCGCGUCCUUUCGCAUGCAAACGCGCGGGUCCCUGGCGCCUGACGCCGCCGGGAGGGCAGCGAGGCCCCAGGCACCUAUUACACCAUUCUUUGGCGAAGGCUGUUUAGCAGUGGUGACCUCUUCCACUCCAACACUCUACAAGUUAUCAUCUCUGGACUCCCAGCUGACACCCUGCCGGAGGCAAGAGCUACUAAGCCAACUGGAACUGUGCCUUUUCUCUUGUCAAGGUUUUUUUCUUACACAGGAAGAAGAAAGAAAAAAAAAAAAGAUGAAGUUGGGCAAAGUGGAGUUCUGCCAUUUUCUGCAGCUAAUAGCGCUUUUCCUGUGUUUUUCUGGGAUGAAUCAAGCAGAACUCUCAAGGUCUGGAUCAAAGCCCUAUUUCCAAUCAGGGAGGUCCCGUACCAAGCGCAGCUGGGUGUGGAAUCAGUUCUUUGUGUUGGAGGAAUACAUGGGCUCAGACCCCCUCUAUGUAGGAAAGCUUCACUCUGAUGUUGAUAAAGGAGAUGGUUCCAUCAAAUACAUCUUGUCAGGCGAAGGGGCAAGUUCCAUUUUCAUUAUCGAUGAGAACACAGGGGAUAUUCAUGCAACCAAGAGACUGGAUCGUGAGGAACAGGCCUACUACACCCUCCGAGCCCAAGCACUGGACAGGCUUACCAACAAACCUGUGGAGCCUGAGUCUGAGUUUGUGAUCAAAAUCCAGGAUAUCAAUGACAAUGAACCCAAAUUUUUGGAUGGCCCAUACACAGCAGGAGUUCCUGAAAUGUCUCCUGUGGGGACCUCAGUGGUACAAGUGACAGCCACAGAUGCUGAUGAUCCUACCUAUGGUAACAGCGCCCGAGUCGUCUACAGCAUUCUGCAAGGGCAGCCUUACUUCUCAGUGGAGCCAAAGACAGGAGUCAUCAAGACUGCCCUUCCAAACAUGGAUAGAGAAGCAAAAGACCAGUACUUGCUUGUCAUUCAGGCAAAGGAUAUGGUUGGUCAGAACGGAGGUCUGUCAGGAACUACGUCAGUCACCGUAACCCUGACUGAUGUCAACGAUAACCCACCCCGCUUUCCUCGAAGGUCUUACCAAUACAAUGUCCCGGAAUCAUUGCCUGUGGCCUCUGUGGUGGCCAGAAUUAAAGCUGCCGAUGCAGACAUUGGAGCCAAUGCUGAAAUGGAGUAUAAAAUCGUGGAUGGUGAUGGGUUGGGAAUUUUCAAGAUUUCUGUUGACAAAGACACACAGGAAGGAAUCAUUACUAUACAGAAGGAACUGGAUUUUGAAGCCAAAACAAGUUAUACUUUACGGAUAGAAGCCGCAAAUAAAGAUGCUGACCCUCGUUUUCUGAGUUUGGGACCAUUCAGUGAUACGACAACCGUGAAGAUAAUUGUGGAGGACGUGGACGAGCCCCCCGUGUUUUCCUCUCCCUUUUACCCCAUGGAGGUAUCAGAAGCUACUCAGGUUGGGAAUAUCAUUGGCACUGUUGCAGCUCAUGAUCCAGACUCUUCCAACAGCCCUGUGAGGUAUUCAAUUGACAGAAAUACAGACUUAGAGAGAUACUUCAAUAUUGAUGCCAACAGUGGAGUUAUUACAACAGCCAAAUCUUUGGAUCGAGAGACGAAUGCUGUUCAUAAUAUCACAGUCCUUGCAAUGGAGAGCCAGAACCCAUCUCAAGUGGGAAGAGGCUAUGUGGCCAUCACCAUUCUCGACAUAAAUGACAACGCCCCCGAAUUUGCCAUGGACUAUGAGACCACCGUCUGUGAAAACGCCCAGCCAGGACAGGUUAUCCAGAAAGUCAGUGCCGUUGACAAGGAUGAGCCAGCCAGUGGACACCAGUUCUACUUCAGCUUAACAACCGAAGCAACAAAUAACCACAAUUUUACACUCAAAGAUAACAAAGACAACACAGCCUCAAUACUAACCAGGCGGAAUGGCUUCCGGAGACAGGAGCAGUCCGUCUACUAUCUGCCAAUCUUCAUUGUGGACAGUGGGUCCCCUUCCCUCAGCAGCACCAACACCCUCACCAUUCGAGUCUGUGACUGUGACGCUGAUGGCAUAGCUCAGACUUGUAACGCGGAGGCGUACGUCUUGCCUGCUGGCCUGAGUACAGGAGCCCUGAUAGCAAUACUUGCCUGUGUCUUGACGUUGUUGGUGCUCAUCCUCCUCAUCGUCACCAUGAGAAGGCGGAAAAAAGAGCCGCUCAUCUUCGACGAGGAGAGGGACAUCAGGGAGAACAUCGUCCGCUACGACGACGAGGGCGGCGGCGAGGAGGACACUGAGGCCUUCGACAUGGCGGCGCUGCGCAACCUCAACGUGCUGCGGGACAGCAAGGCGCGCAGGGACGUGACCCCCGAGAUGCAGCUCCUGGGCCGGCCGGCCUUCAAGGGCGUCCCGGACAACGUCAUCUUCCGGGAGUUCAUCUGGGAGCGGCUGAAGGAGGCGGACGUGGACCCCGGCGCGCCGCCCUACGACUCCCUGCAGACCUACGCCUUCGAGGGCAACGGCUCGGUGGCCGAGUCGCUCAGCAGCCUGGACUCGGUCAGCUCCAACUCGGAGCAGAACUACGACUACCUCAGUGACUGGGGCCCGCGCUUCCAGCGGCUGGCCGACAUGUACGGCCCGGGCCAGGACGGCGCGUGCUCCUAGCCUCGGCGCCCGGGCCGCUCGCUGGGGAAGGAAGCGGUGUAAAUAGGCCUCCGUUUUCAACGUUAGGUUUCCGCCUGGGGGAAGCUUGCCUUCCGAGGGACCGCACUGACCACGGACUCUGAGCACUGGCGGGCUUUGGCUUUUGUGUUGGCUUUGAUACGAGGACAUGCUCAGUGGAGUGGGAAUAGAUAGCAACUCUCAGAUACCUGCAAAGGCACCUAACCUCUAAGAGUCAGUAGUGCCCUGUGUUGUCGGUGAGCCCUGUGCAUACCUUCCCGGUCCUGUCCGAAGAACGGAGCUGCGAGUGCCCUUGAGAAAUCUUGGAACUUCUUGUGUAUCGAAAAUUGGGACACAUUUAAUUUACAGCGAUGCUUACAGCUUGCUAUAUUAUAGAACCCAGCAGAAUUUUAUUGCUGUUGGCUAGCAAAAAAUAUUUUAUUUAGAAAUAUAUAAAUUCUCUGAAUUUCCUCCCCAAAUGCAGGCCUCCCAAUAAAAGCCAGUAAAAUUUGGUGAAAGGCAAUACAAACCAUUGUUUAGUCAAUACGUUAUAAACUGUUCCAAAUAAAAAACGGGAAAAUAAUCCUUAAAGUUUACAAUAGUUUUGAAGAUGCUUGUGUAGGUAUGAUAAAAAAAAAAAAAGUUGCUGUCUAUUCGUCAAUUUUUAUUAUAUCUUCUGAUUUGUACAGGAGAAUAUCUUUUCUUCUUUUGACACAUGGUGUUAUAUUUAUUUUGGAGCUCCAAUCUCCGCAAAUUCAGGUCCAUCUUACUGCCUCAUAGUACUAAACUCAUCAGAACAUGCUGAUUUUUCUCCAGCCUGAGCUACAUGAAGGAAAUGAGGCAUGGAAAUGGAGAAAUAAUAGUAAAGCAAUUGAGUCCUGUUGCAGUUCACAUCUCAAAGAGGAGCACAGCUACACAGACAUAGAAAUUGUUCUUCUGAGCCAUUAAAAUGUACAAAACAUUAGAUAAAAUAUUUGUAUUUUAGAAAGACUUCAGAGAGAAUUGAGAUUUUCUUUGAUGCAAGAUUUAUUUUUCAAGGUCGUGAGUUCUAUAUGCUCCAAAGACUUGCAAGAAUCUGUUAUCCAACCUCUUUUGCUGUAAACAAAUUGAAUAAAAGAUUUUUUCUUUUAUAUCUUAAACAACAUAAUGUUAUAAAUUUCAAAACUUGUCUUUGAAUUUCAACGCGAAUGAAUCACUCAAGAAUUAACCAAGUGGUAUCUAAGUUCCAUAGGUUUAGAUGUGCCAGACUGAAGAGGGCAGUCACAAGGAACCACAUGUAUUUGUCUGAGAUGAGCUUCUUAGAAUAAGAAGACUUUUAUGACCAAAAUAAUAUUUCUACCUAUUUUUCCCUAUAUUAAUACUAGUUUGGUGUGCAUAUAUUCAAGUAAGAUUGGAUUUUUUCCUUCCUUUGUCCUUUAAAAAUAUAUUUCAUCCUUGGGCUCCUAAUAAAUCUACAAAUAGUGAACACUGUAUGGGAAAUUAUGUUCUAAAGUGCUACUUCUGAAUGGCAGACUCUGGAACCAGGAUAUCCGUAUGUUGAUCACAUGAAGAGAAACUAUGUAGGAUUCUGUAAACUUACAGCCCACCUUUAGAAAUGAAAUAUGUGAAAGUGGCCUUCAGCUUCAUAAAAAUAAAUAAAUCAAUAAAUUUGACUAUCUGCAA